CCAGCAGCCACUGCGACGCUGAAAACUCGAAGUUGGCUUGUUUUCUGCGUUUCUGCAAUCCACGCAACUUUCACGAAUUACGGAAAUUGUUCACCAUGUCGAAGGCGUCUCCUGAACCAGAGCGCAUGUUCAUGGAUGAUCCGAACAUCAAAUGGAGAACAAAGAGACCAGACUUCUCCAAAGUGAACAAAAAGUACUUGGAAGGUAAAACUCGCAGCCAUCCUAAAGGAAGUCUGGAAGAGACUGUGGAGAAUCUCGUCAAGACCUUCGAGAUGGAAGCCUCACACAAGAUUGAUCCCAAGGACUGGGGAUCUGUUGAUCCAGAUAAGUUUGAAUUGUGUACCAAUGGGGGCAAGACAUACACGCUGGCUGAUGUCAUCGAGAAGGGGACCUACAACCUCUUUCUGGAUGAAAAUCCUUUGUAUACAGCUCAAGAAACAUCGUUUGAACAGUCUAUGGACUUGUUCAAAGGUUGCUUCACUGACGGAUUUGCUUGGGAACUUCUGGAUCUCUAUGGAGCGCUUCCCGUUUUGACAUUUACUUGGCGUCACUGGAGCAACUACACAGGACCCUAUCGAAGUCACCCCCCCACCGGCGAGACCCUGGAAGUCUACGGCAGCGCCAUUGUCACCGUAGACGAGCAUCUCCGCAUCACUCGCUUGGAGAUGUACUUCGAUUUCACUCCGAUGUUGAGCAAACUCAACCACGUCAAAUGUCCACUCUUCAAAUAAGUACCGCGGCACAAAGGCUGGCGGAUGAGGCACCAUUCAUGUUUGGAGAUUGUGCUCGUGAUGGAUUUACUCAAACUGUCCAUUUGCAGUUGUGUUCUGUGUAAUUGUUUUCCUUUUUAAAUACUCUAAUCAACUUGAACAUGAAACUGUAACGAUCACGUUGUAUCGAGUACAUAAAUGUGUAUUUGUAACUUUGUGUUCCAUCCCAUGUUAUGUUGUGUUCCUGUUGGUUGACGACUUGAAAUGUUUGACUCACUGAGGGUAAAACGAUGCGUUCACUGACCAUGUCGUAGAUUUAUUGGGCACAAUUUCCACAGAUGACACAAUUCUUCUCUCGUUAGUUACUGCAGUAACCAUGUCUGAGCAAACGCCAAGUCUGCUGUAGUAAGAAGACUUAAACCUGUUUAACAUAAAGAACCGACAUCAAAAUAAACACCACAGCUGGUGGAAGUUUUCAAAACCAAAG